UUUUUAGUAACUUUGUGAGGCGAUAACGGGUAUCAAAAGCAGGCGCGAGUGCAAGCAGAUGAACUGUCUCCAUGGAAACGGGACAAUUUUACUGCUGUAAAACGUCUUUCAAUGUUGUAAAUCCCUUAAUGUUUUUCCUUAACUAAGGAAACUUUUUAAGGGGUUCUGUGCAACACCCUUAAAUAAAUCCCUUAGCUAAGGAGAAAUUAAACCUUUAAGUGUCUUAAGGGGAAAACUUAAGUUGUUUUGUGCUACCGGCCCCUGGUGACUAUUACGCAUGCACCAUAUGAUCACGAUUACAUCGUUACGUGAUCACAACAGCCCUAUUUGGACACUACCGCUUGUUAGUUUACAGUGUUCACUUUGGGAAAGUUUAGUUACUGAUGUACUGUCUAACAUCCUAAAGGAGAGCAGGCACUUAGGAAGGGUGGUCACUUUACUGCUAAAUUUAAAGACCCCAUGAAUAAGCAAAUUUAUACUUGGAUAAUAAAGUAUGCCUUGUAUUGCAAAAUAAAUGUUUAUGGGUGUCUUUUAUAUAGAAUGUAAGUUCAGCAGCUGCGAUCUGCAUUCAGACCUGUGGAGAUAGAUAUUUGCUGUUAGAUGCCGAGGGCACCGAAGGCUUUCAUAUGAAGCUACAAAGCCACUGCUAUAUACAUGCAUUCAUGCACAUUUCAAUAGAGAAAGGGAACAAAACAUCAACUAUGUAAACUCCAAAUGCUAAUAUUGGUUCUCCACCCCACAGUUGUUGGAUCAGCUCUAAUACAUCACUGCUGUACAUCAUCCAUGGCCCUAUUGUGGCAGCUUUAUUGGUUAACCUCUUCUUUUUGCUCAACAUCAUCCGUGUUCUGAUCACCAAGCUCAAGGUGACCCAUCAGACGGAGACUAGCCUAUACAUGAAGGCUGUACGGGCCACACUGAUUCUGGUGCCGCUCCUGGGGAUCCAGUUUGUGCUGUGGCCAUACAAGCCCCAUAGUCAUGUGGCAUCUGAAGUCUACGAUUAUAUUAUGCACAUCCUGAUACAUUACCAGGGGCUGCUGGUGGCCACCAUAUUCUGUUUCUUUAAUGGGGAGGUGCAAGGGGUUCUGAGAAGACACUGGAACCAGUAUCGCAUUCAGUUCGGUACACCCUUGGCUCACCCAGAUGCCCUGCGCUCAGCAUCCUACACAGCCUCCAGCAUCACCGAUGUGCCCGGCUGCUACAGCAUCGAAAGCCUCACGGAACACUUUAAUGGCAAGGGCUGCCAUGACACUGAGACCAGCAUAUUCAAACCAGAGAGCCCCUUUGCCUGAAGGAUCACCUCACAGCCAUUAUUGAAGACUAGAUACAGUGGAAAACCAAAUACUAGAGAGCUGUUAUCCUCAUACUAAAAAUGAAGUACAUCAUACAAGAUACUAACAUGAAAAUAGUGGGCUUGCCAAUCAGUAUGAAUUACUAAACACUGGGAUCUGUUCCUCUGCUUUUCCCAAAAUAGAAUGUGUGUCCUGGCACCCUUCUUCAUCCCUAUCCAAAUAUGUAUUUAAAAAGACAUCAGUACAAUUUUCAGGACUGGCAGCACCUUAUUUGUAGCCACUAUGAACUGUCAGUGUGUGUGUGUGCGUCGAGGACAGAGUGGAAGCACUUGGAUAUACGCUGAUGCACCUUGACAAAUUGCCCCUGGUCUUCUGUACUCGUGCCAUCAAACUCAAUGCCUUCUCUUCACCACAUCAUCCACAGCUCUCUUUUCUUCACAGUCGUGGUCUUUAGAUGGAGAAUCUGAUUGGGUGACCCAGCCAUUCCAUAAGAGGCAUGUUCACUGUUGCAGUGAGUCCAUCAAGCUUGUACCUGGUCAUUUUCUUCCUUUUUACCUGCAAUGUCUCUCUUGACUACUGGGUCUUUUGUUGUUGAAGAUUGUUCCAAGGAGGCAAAAAUUCUGAGUGUUAACCAUCAACAGCUAGGAGCUGACCCCAUUCAUGACAUUUGAUUUUCCAGUGAUAACAUGCAUAUAAUUCACUUGUUAGUCUUCAGAAAUUCUCAGGAAAUGCAGAUAAUCAUACCCUUGAUUACAAUUCAUUUAAAUAAGAGAAAAAUUAAUUCCUAAGAAGCCUCUUCGUGAUAGUGGGGAUAAGAUCAUUAGCAUUAAUUUUAGCUACAUGGUCCUGUGUUGUAUGAUAAAGUCAGUAGGUCACUUUUCAGUGGUAAGGAGUUGGUAGAGUUACUGCUGCGUAUCUUUACAUCUCGUGUGUAGGACUUAUGCUCUUAACUACCCUUGUGGGUUUGGUUUCUGGCAGCGAGCGACAGAGUGUUGGCAGCCCUCCUGACAUCUGGGAUGGGUUCUGCAUUGACGCAACCCAAAUGGAACAGAACAGAUUUGGAAAGAUUAACUUGAUUGAGUUUUACGUUGUGAUUUGAUUUAUUUCAUGCUGUCUCAAACAUGAAGAUGUUUAAAUACUAAUAGUCCAAUGGUUCCCUUAUGGUGAACCACAGUUUAUAUCAGUUUUGGAAAAAACUUUUGUGUUUAUAACAUUGUACUCAAAGGACAUUUGCAUCUCUGUACCUGAAUAUAUGACCUCAUCAUAUAAUUUUAAAGUUAGUAAACUUGUGAAAUUUCCUUAAUAAAUUAAUAUUUUACAUAGUCUGCUCAUUCAGCUAUAUACGGAAUUAUAUUUCUUCAGUAAAAAGUUAAUAAUGCGAAGGUACAGGGGUUUAACGGCAUAUGGCUGUCUGUACAGGACACCUGCUCACUGCUCAGAAUGUAAAUUGGAGGAUCCUUAAGCAUCAGCUUCAGUUAACCAAGCGAUCGGCUGAUUAUGGUGAUAAGCUUUAUAGUGCUUUAGCCAGUCAAGCUAUUCAUUCUUGCACAUUUAUAGCCGCUUAUUAGAAAGUGCCAUUAUUACACUGAUUAUGUUUUGUGCAAUUAUUGUGUUACAUUUAAUUGACUGUAUGGUAAAACAUAUACCUUCACAUUAUCAUGAAAGGACAAUACAGUUUGAAAAUCAUUGAAUAUCAAUGCUCCUGCUACAAUGGUCCAUGCUAGUACCCCUGUAAUACACAGUAUGGUGCUGACUGUGGCUUUUAGCUUCCACACUGGGUUUUGCUCAUAGAACCAUUCAUAGGAAGUCCAGCUCCAUGCAUUAUGCCAAUUGCCUUUCUUGUGUGGCCCAGCUGUGUUAAGGGAACAUUGUACGCUUCUGGCAUCUAUACAGGAUUUAUUUCCAUUAUUAAUUUUCCAUUAGUGGUUUUCAGAACAUAAAAGACCGAACAAGUUGUUUUAACUUAUUUUUUUUUUAAGUCAGAUUGCUGGAAAGAACCCUGGCCACAUUCAGAAGUUGUAAAUAUAGUUGUAAAGGUCAAAGGUUGUUUGUGUUUUUGCAUUACAUGUAUGUAUUUAUACCUAAUAUGUCAUAUUGUAUGUACCGAUAAACACAGACCUACCAGAGUGCACAUCAGCGUGUAUCUUUGAUCACACGUGACACCAGGCGCCAGUGCACUUUUUCUUUUUAAAGAACAAUGAGUCUUAAAGCUAUUAUGGUGCAGACUUCUGGCUCCAGGUCUCCACUGAGUUUGAACUUGAGUGUAAUCGCAUAAAAGCCAACAGCAGUUAAUCAUAUCACCCACUGUGGUCACAGCCGAUUGGAGAUGUGGAAUUGGUUGGGGUCUUUCAUUUGGGAAGUUUCCUUCUGGCUGUAGAAUGUUAACAUGACUGACAAAAAAAUAUAACACAAUCAUAAAUGUAUAUUCUGCAUGUAAUCCUCACUCAUAUGCAGUUCACUUGGACAUAGAAUCACCACUACAGCAUGUGCAGAGUAUCAGUAUUCCAAGGACUGCUGCAUGCGGUGACAGCUUCCACAGCACAUCGUAACCAUGGGAUUAUCGGUCUGUCCCCCGCUGAAGUGUGACUCUUCACAUGAUGACAGAGGCUGUGUGGUGAGGACUGUGCAUGUGCAUCAUAAGUAUUGUACUGUAUUUCACUUUUAAAUUGGACCCCCUGCUGGUCCUUUUCUGCUGUAUAAAUGUAAUGAUAAACACACACAGGUUUUUUUUUCUCCAUUGAACUUAGCUGAUGUUGCUAUGAUGAUCUCUGUUUUAUUAUACAAUUAUAAACCAUUAUCUGAAAACAC